AUGUCCCUAUCUCUUUACAAGUGUUACCUCGAUAGAAAUCUACAAAAUAUAGAACCUAUAAAUGCACUUAUUAUAAUAUUUAUUAAAUAUUUGGCGCUUGCUUUAGGUACAAAAACCAUAAAACAAAUUUUGGAAUCCAAGGAACAAUUUUGGGAAGUCGAUAUUGUAGAUGACAAAAUAACGUAUUUAAUUAAAUAUAUGAAAGCUAUAGAAAGGUGGUAUAAAAGUUUCGUAAUUCUCGCCGUAUCUGCAUAUAUAGUGCCCCCCUUACUUUCGAUAAACUCUUCUGUGUUUAACUGUUUUAUACCUUUUCAUAUACCCUUUCCAUUAUUUUAUAUCGCCGAAGUUUACGUCUGUAUAUAUAGCGGGCUUCUCUUUAUUUCUUUAACUAUAUUUGUAUGUUCUCUCAUAAUUUUGGCUACUGUUCAAUUUAGACUCGUAAAUUUGAAGAUUAGGGAUCUCAAUCUUAAGGAUAUUGAAAAUAGCCAGGAUGUUGAAGUGUAUGUUCGAAACAUGAAGAAGAUAAUCAAACAUCAACAGUUACUUAUGAGGUACGUCGACGAUUUGAAUGCAAUAUUAAGUGUGCCAUUUGCGCUGUUGAUGGUGACUAACAUUUCCAUGAUAUGUAUAAUUAUGUAUAAUACAACAAUAACCGAAUCGGUUUUAUCGGAUCAAAUUAGAAUGUUUGCAACAAUAUUGUGUGUACUCACAGAAUCUUUUUUGGUAUAUGGCUUUCCCGCGCAACUAAUGAUGGAUCAGUCAGAAGCAACAGCAGAGGCUAUAUAUUCUGAGUGCAAAUGGUGCCUACCGGAAUUGGGACAUUUGCGAAACGAUUUCCUGAUUAUGAUGAUAAGGAGUCAGGAAGGUGUUUCUAUAAGGGCUGCAAAUUAUCACAUCAUUAAUAAUAGAACUGUUCUACUAAUAAUGAAAACUGCUUAUACUUUUUAUACUUUUAUACAAAAAGUAGCAUGA